CCCGCUCUAUUGGAAACCAGAGGCUUCUGAUGGAGAAGGAAGAGCGGAGUCUAUUCAAACAGAAGAUGGGUGUAGGGCAGUGAUGACCGCUGGCAGGUUGACCUGGCACAUUCAUGCUACCCAGUGCUGGAUGGAGCGUGAUGGGCUAGAAAGAGAGAGGCAUGAAAAGGACCGAAGAGGUUUGCAGGGACAGCUGUGGUCAGUCAGUAAGGAGUUCGGGUUUCAUUAAAACAACAGUGCGAAUCUUGUCUUUUUUUUUUUUUUAAGAGAAUGACAAGAUCUGAUACUCAAUUUACUAAUAAAAACUUUUGCUGAUGUGUGGCGAACAGAGGAGAGCGAGGGUGGAAGCUGGAAGACCAAUUUGGAAGCUUCUGCAGUAUGUAGACAAGAGGUGAUGGUGGGUGCAGGGAAGUUUGGGAAAAGCAGAUGGGUUGGAGGUAUAUUUUAGAGGUAGGAUCUAUAUGCUGGGGAAUUGGAUGUGGAGAGGGAGGGGAAGCGAGGACUUGAUGCUGUAGGGAGGACGGUGGUGCUGUUUCCUGAGCUGAGGGAAGGCUAAAGGAAGAGGUUUGUUGGGGAGAACACAGAGUUGGCAUAUGUUGAAGCCUAAGAUCCAUCCAAGUGGAGAUGUCAUAUCAUCAUUCUUUUUUAUUUUUAAGGAUCUGGAUGAUGUGUUGGAGAAAGCCAAGAAAGCCAAUGUUAUGGCUCUUGUGGUGGUCGCUGAACAUUCAGGAGAAUUUGAAAAGAUUAUGCAGCUUUCAGAAAGGUAUAACGGGUUUGUCCUGCCAUGCUUGGGUGUUCAUCCAGUUCAAGGACUUUCACCAGAAGAACAAAGAAGUGUCACAUUAAAGGAUUUGGAUGUAGCUUUGCCCAUUAUCGAGAAUUAUAAGGAUCGAUUAUUGGCAAUUGGAGAGGUGGGACUGGAUUUCUCCCCCAGAUUUGCUGGCACUGAUGCACAAAAGGAAGAGCAAAGACAAGUCCUAAUCAGACAGGUCCAGUUAGCCAAAAGACUAAAUUUGCCUUUAAAUGUUCACUCACGUUCAGCUGGAAGACCCACCAUCAGCCUCUUAAAUGAGCAAGGUGCUGACAAAGUGCUGCUCCAUGCAUUUGACGGUCGGCCAUCUGUAGCCAUGGAAGGAGUAAAAGCUGGGUACUUCUUCUCAAUCCCUCCUUCUAUCAUAAGGAGUGGACAGCUUUUUCUUUUCUCUAAGAAGCAGAAACUUGUGAAACAGUUGCCUUUAACCUCCAUUUGCUUGGAAACAGAUUCACCUGCACUAGGACCAGAAAAACAGGUACGGAAUGAACCCCAAAACAUUACCAUCUCAGCAGAAUAUAUUGCCCAGGUAAAAGGAAUCUCAGUGGAAGAAGUGAUGGAAGUGACAACACAGAAUGCAUUGAAAUUGUUCCCCAAGCUCCAGCACCUGCUCCAGAAAUAACUUCAAAGCCAAGUGAACUGAAGGGGGGCAGCAUUUGAGAAAAAGAAAUGUUCUGGCCCUAGCUGGUUUGGCUCAGUGGCUAGAGCUUCGGCCUGCGGACUGAAGGGUCCUGGGUUAAAUUCUGAUCAAGGGCUUAUGCAUGGGUUGCAGGCUUGAUUCCCAGUAGGGGGCGUGCAGGAGGCAGCCAAUCAAUGGUUCUUUCUCAUUGAUGUUUCUAUCACUCUCUCCCUCUCCCUUCCUCUCUGAAAUCAAUAAAAUAUAUAUAUUUUUUAAAAAGAAAUGUUCUGAUUAAUAGUCUGAACUGAAGAAAGCAUUAUAUAGGGAUAAAAAGAUUAUACUUUUAGAGAAAUAUUUGUCAUUUGUUGUUAAUCCUCACCCGAGGAUAUUUUUCCAUUGAUUUUUAGAGAGAGUGGAAGGGAGAGGGAGAGACAGAAACAUUGAUGUGAGAGAGACACAUUGAUUGGUUGCCUCCUGCAUGCUUUCCAGCCAGGGCUAGGGAUCAAGCCUGCAACUGUGCAUGCGUGCCCUUGACCAGAAUCAAACCUGGACCCUUCAGGCCACGAGCCGACCCUAUAUCCACUGAGCCAAACCAGUCAGAGUGAGAAAUAUUUGUCUCAGAAAUAAAACUGAGCUUGGAUCCUGAAA